AUGGUGUUAGUGAUGUGGAACAUCUCCAAAACACAUGCGAACCAAGCGAGCUAUCAACCAACCCCACGUGUUUCUCCCACUGUCGUUCUCUUCUCGCUCACAACCUCAAAUCCAAACAUCAAUCUUCUUACUGAUCUCGUACUUUCAGCGAUCAUGAGCUCUUACAUAGACUUUAGCCAGCCCAGUUUGUGGAUAUCUGCGGCGAGCAUCUUGUUUAAUCCGACGUUUUGGAACAUUGCUGCGCAGCAAGAAUAUCAUAACAAGUUCCUCACUAAGCUUGCGGGUGGGAACCCUCGACUGGGGUGCUAUGUGCUCGCCGUAACCAUCUUCUCUCUCGGCAUCUUCAGAGACUACCUCUACAACGAAGCUCUCGCCGCCCAACCCACGCACCCAACCCUCCUCUCCCCACUCGUCAAAUACUCUGCAAUCCCCCUCUUCCUCACAGGCAACACCCUCGUCCUAACAUCCAUGUACGCCCUCGGCGUAACCGGCACAUACCUCGGCGACUACUUUGGCAUCCUCAUGGACGCACCCGUCACAUCCUUUCCCUUCAACGUCUCCAACGCGCCCAUGUACCACGGCUCGACAAUGAGCUUUCUCGCCACAGCCCUCUGGUUCGGAAAGCCGGCGGGCCUUUUGCUGACCGCCUUGGUGGCCGUGGCGUACAGCGUGGCGCGCAGGUGGGAGGACCCGUUCACGAACAUGAUUUACCAGAAGAGAGACGAGGAGAGGCAGAAGGGCAAGAAGGCCUUGUAG